ACAACAUUCCUAAGAAAUUUUUAAAAGCUGCCUCUGGAUGGCUAAGAUCAAAAGGCAACCUACUAGACUUUCUUCCAGUCUAAAGCGCUACUACUAACAUACUCGAAAGGGAUUCUCCCUCAGGACAGCUUGCAAAAAGACUGGGUCUCUUCGAAAACACAAGAACCAAUCCCCACCCUUCUCCUGGCUCCACCUGCUCUGCUAAGACUGCACUCCCCGGGCUGCCGCACGAACCCCGCCCGGAAGCCGUGGGCAUGCGCGGCUAGCAAAGGCAGCCGCGGGACUAGGACUGGCUCCCCGAGCAGACGUCAAUCAAGGCAAGACAGCUCCGCCCUCCUCAAGAUGGCGCUGCACUUAACGCGGAAGACGCGUGGGUGCUGGGGCUUCAUCCGGGCACUUCAUACAGCAACCAAAAUUGCUCCUGCUCUUCAGAAAGAUGGCGUGGAGAGAAUAUUUUCUGGCAUUCAGCCCACAGGAAUCCCCCACCUGGGCAAUUACCUGGGAGCCAUUGAGAGCUGGGUGAGAUUACAGGACGAGUAUGGCUCUGUGCUGUAUAGCAUUGUUGACCUCCACUCCAUCACUGUCCCACAAGACCCAGCCACCCUUCGGCAGAGCAUCCUGGACAUGACUGCUGCUCUUCUGGCCUGUGGCAUAAACCCAGAGAAGAGCAUCCUUUUUCAACAGUCUCAGGUGUCUGAACACACGCAAUUAAGUUGGAUCCUUACCUGCAUGGUCAGACUACCCCGAUUACAACACUUACACCAGUGGAAGGCAAAGACUGCCAAGCAGAAACACGAUGGAACUGCGGGCCUGCUCACGUACCCAGUACUUCAGGCGGCUGACAUUCUGCUGUACAAGUCCACACACGUUCCUGUUGGGGAGGAUCAAGUCCAGCACAUGGAACUAGUUCAGGAUCUAGCACAAGCUUUUAACAAGAAGUAUGGGGAGUUCUUUCCAGUGCCCAAGUCCAUCCUAACGUCAAUGAAGAAGGUAAAAUCCCUCCGCGACCCUGCUGCCAAAAUGUCGAAAUCAGACCCUGACAAACUGGCCACAGUCAGAAUAACAGACAGCCCAGAGGAGAUAGUGCAGAAAUUCCGCAAGGCUGUGACGGACUUCACCUCAGAGGUCACCUACGACCCAGCCAGCCGAGGGGGUGUCUCCAACAUGGUUGCCAUUCAUGCCGCGGUGACCGGACUCACCGUGGACGAUGUUGUCCGCCGGAGUGCUGGGAUCGACACGGCUCGCUACAAACUGGUGGUGGCAGAUGCCGUGAUUGAGAAAUUUGCUCCAAUUAAGAAUGAAAUUGAAAAACUGAAGAUGGACAAGGACUACUUAGAGAAGGUUUUACGCCUUGGGGCAGCAAAAGCCAAAGAGUUAGCAUACCCCGUGUGCCAGGAGGUGAAGAAACUUGUGGGGUUUCUAUAGGAACUUUCAACUAACCACUGAAAGGCGUUUGUAUCUUGUGGUCUGUACACGCCAAUAACGGCAGCUUUCCUCACAAGCAAAAUAUUCUAGUUGGGACGUUUAAUUUGGUAUACCUGAGUAUUGGCUUCUUUUGGUGAAUAAUGCGUUGUAGCCUUCAAAUAGAGCAACGUUCUAAAUACCCUCAACAAAAUGCUGUGAAUGGGUGGCGGGCGGGGCGAGGGAAAGCUGUCUGAAACCCCGAUUAUUUGAGGCACGCUCCUUAGCCUGAAUUUAUCUACACAAAUGUGAGGGAGGUGAGCAGUAAUUUGGCAAAUGCUGAUAAUCAUUUUGUUUCUCUCUGGAGUACUUUCUCUCACAGAUCCUCACUUUAUCCCAACCCUUUUUAAAAAUAAUAGGUACAAGUCUUAGACUAGUAAUCCUCAGGUUGCCAUUUGGACCAAUUUGUAUUCAAAUCUCAAGAAAAUAAGUUGAUUAUUAUAGUUCCUUUAUCACUGAGAUGGUGCCUGCCUCGUUUUAUGUAAACUGCUUAAGUUGUGUUCCUUGUGGCCACACUGACUGCUCCAGCGAGUAUUACUUGUUUAUUAUUAUUAUUCAGAGAUACAUGAUAUGAACUUCUGAGAAGAUUGCAUCAUUUCAGCUUGAUUUGUUAAUUACACAGAAGGCCAAGAUCCUGGAUUAUUUCCUUAACAAUUCCUUGCAUUUGUCUUACAGUUUAGUCUUACCAGCUCCCUGUGAAAUAUAUGAGAGGAAUUGCCAUUUUAAAUGUGAAGAAAGUGAGCCUCAGAGAGUACAAUUAGCUUGUACAGUAUCACUCACUAAGUAAAAAGCAAAUCCAAGAUUAGAACCUUUAUUGCUUAUUCCUAAGAGGAGUGCUUUUUUCAGCAGAUAGCACAAAAUCCUGAGGGGCAGUAUGUUUGAGACUCCAAACUUUCUGACUUUGAAGCUGGGCCCUAAAAUACAGAACUUGAACUACUGAUGCUGUUUAUAUCUGCAACUCGGCCAGUAGCUGCCUGCUUUAAAUCUGGAUUUGGCUAACCUUGAUCUCAUUUGCUUUUGAAAAUCUCCAAGAUAGAUGCCAAAUUCUCUCUCCUUUUUGUGGAAAUACUUCAAAACAUAUUCUGCCAGGCAACAAUAAAAGUGAGGCCUGAGGAUCACAGUUGAGGCUCCCAGACAGCGGUGGAGAAAAAUAUAAAACAAAAUUCUAACUCAGAAAGAACGACCAGACUUGCUGGCCUGACAGAGACUGAAGAAACCCUGAGAGUAUGGCCCCUGGACACCCUUGCAGCUCAGCUAUGAAGUCACCCCGAGGUUGGACAGGCCCAUAAAACAAAAUGAGAUUAAAGGGGCACACAAGCCCAGUGGCAAGGACUAGAGUACAGGAGGGAACAGGAAAGCUGGUAAUAGGGAACCUAAGGUUGAGAAGGGGUAAUGUUGACCCAUCACCGGGUUGUUAACCAAUAUCGAAAACAAUAUGUGUACUAACCGUUUAAUGAGAAACUAGUUUGUUCUGUAAACCUUUGUCUAAAGUACAAUAAAAAAAAAAUUUUUUUUUUUAAAGUGGAGCCCGACAAAUCAGUUUUUCCCAGUGGUGAGUGGAAGCUUCUCAUCUCACUCUACCUCAUUCUCUCUAAUGACAAGUUUCAUGAAACCUACACUUCCAUUCCCCACACCUGAAGAUGGAAAUUAUAAUCCUGACCUACCGUACCUGUUAACAAAAUUGACUUUGAAACAGAAAUUGCUUGUGUGGUUUUUUUGCCAAUGAGCACCAUGAUCACCAUUUAUACAUAAGAGAUUAGUGUGUUGGGCAAAGAGUUUUUACCCAUGUUUCUUAAGAGAAGCAAGUAGAAGAAUGAUUCUUGUAUUAAAUCAGAUAGAAAUUCACAAAACACUGCAUCACACGAUCCAAAUUAAAAGACCCUUUUUAGAAAUUUUGGAGCUAGCCUGUCUUACAGAAAAAGAAACAUUUUGCCUUUUGGAUCCUUUCUUGGUAUGAGGUGUCUAUAGUUUUAGAGUCUCCCUGAGCUCUUUCUUCCAAACCUCUUUUUUCUUUCAAAGGAGCCCUGUUAUGACUACUGGAAAAUGACAAAAUUAAAGAUGGCUUUAUCGAAUCAACUGUGUGUUUUUUAUCCCCUUGUAACACCUUUUCUCUAGGGAACCGAAGACACCAUGGAAAAAAUCAGAAAAGAAAAACAAGAUGACUGUAGUAACUUCAAGGAGCAAAGCCUAUUCUGAUAUGAGGCUGGACUUGUACACAUCAUGUUCCUCAAAAGUGACCUUAGGGCUCACUGAGUCCAAAAUCAGCCCAUGAUUGAGAGACUUGCCUGGUGACUUUAGGAAGUUGAUAAAAGAGCCACGGCUAGAACCUAAAUCUAUCUUCAUAUUCCUUCCACUUACCAUUUACAGGCUUCAGUACAAUCUUUCUAAUUGAAAUGAAGAAUUGGAGAAAAAUCUAACUUGUGGUUUUAAUCUAAUGUUGUUGUUGUUAGGUGCCGUUGAGUCGGUUUCGACUCAUAGCAACCCUAUAUACAACAAAACAAAACACUGCCUGGUCCUGCGCCAUCCUUACAGUUGUUAUGCUUGACCCCAUUGUUGCAGCCACUGUGUCAUUCCAUCUUCUGGAAGGUCUUACUCUUUUUCACUGACCCUCUACUUUACCGAGAAUGAUAUCCUUCUCCAGGAACUGAUGCCUUCUGAUAACAUGUCCCAAGUACGUGAGACAUAACCUCACCAUCUUUGCUUCCAGGGGGCAUUCUGGUUGUACUUCUUCUAAGACAAAUUCAUUCGUUCUUUUGGCAGUCCAUGGUAUACUCCAUAUUCUUCACCAGUGCCACAAUUCAAAGGCUUCAAGUCGUCUUCUUAGGUGUUCCUUAUUCAUUGUCCAGCUUUCCCAUGCACAGGAGGUGAUUGAAAACACCAUGGCUUGAGUCAGGUGCACCUUAGCCUUCAAGGUGACAUCUUUGCUUUUCAACACAUUAAAGUGGUCUUUUGCAGCACAUUUGCCCAAUGCAGUGUAUCUUUUGAUUGCUUGACUGCUGCUUCCAUGGGUGUUGAUUAUGGACCCACAUAAAGUGAAAUCCCUGACAACUUUCAUCUUUUCUCUGUUUAUCAUGAUAUUGCUUAUUCAUCUAUUUGUAAGGAUUUUUGUUUUCUUUAUGUUGAGGUGUAAUCCAUUCUGAAGGCUGUGAUCUUUGAUCUUCAUCAGUAAGUGCUUCAAGUCCUCUUCACUUUGAGUAAGCAAGUUGUGUCAUCUGCAUAAUGCAGGUUGUUAAUGAGUCAUCCUCCAAUCCUUAUAUGCCACAUUCUUCUUCAUGUAGUCUAGCUUCUUGGAUUAUUUCCUUGGCAUACAGAUUGAAUAAGUAUGGUGAAAAGAUGCAAUCCUAACACACACCUUUCCUGACUUUAAACCACAAAAUAUCCCUUGUUCCAUUUGAACAACAGCCUCUUGAUGUGUGUAUAGGUUCUUCAUGAGCACAAUUAAGUGUUCUGGAAUUCCCGUUCUUCGCAAUGUUAUCCAUAAUGUGUUGUGAUCCAUACAAAUGCCUUUGCAUAGUCAAUAAAACACAGGUAAACAUCCUUCUGGUAUUUUCUGCUUUCAGCCAUGAUCCAUCUGACAUCACCAGUGACAUCCCUUGUUACAUGUCCUCUUCUGAAUCCAGUUUGAAUUUCUGGCAGUCCCUGUCAAUACAGUGCUGCAGCUGCUUUUGAAUAUUGAUCUUCAGCAAAAUUUUACUUGUGUGUGAUAUUAAUGAUACUGGUGUAUAGUUUUUGCAUUUGAUUGGAUCACCUUUCUUGGGAAUAGGCAUAAAUAUGGAUCUCUUCCAGUCGGUUGGUCAGGUAGCUGUCUUCCAAAUUUCUUUUCAUAGAUGAGUGAGCACUUCCAGCACUGCAUCUGUUUGUUGAAACAUCUCAGUUGAUAUUCUAUCAAUUCCUGGAGCCUUGUUUUUUCCAAUGGCUUCAGUACAGCUUGGACUUCUUCGUUCAAUACCAUAGGUUCUUGAUCAUAUGCUACCUCUUGAAAUGAUUGAACAUCAAUUCUUUUUGGUAUUGUGACUCUCUGUAUUCCUUCCAUCUUCUUCUGAUGUUUCCUGUGUCAUUUAAUAUUUUCCCAUAGAAUCCUUCAAUAUUGCAACUAACCAAAAACCAAACCAAUUGCCAUCGAGUCAAUUUUGACUCUUAGUUACCCUAUAGGACAGAGUAGAACCGCCCCAUAGAGUUUCCAAGGAGCGCCUGGUGUAUUUGGACUGCCAGCCUUUUGGUUAGCAGCCGUAGCUUUUAACCAUUAUGCCACCAGGGUUUCCAUAUUGUAACUAGAGGCUUGAAUUUUUUCUUCUUUCAGCUUGACAAAUGCUGACUGUGUUCUUCCCUUUUGGUUUUCUAUCUCCAGGUCUUUGCACAUGUCAUUAUAAUACUUUACUACUUCUUCUAGAGUCUUCUUUUGAAAUCUCCUGUUCAACUCUUUUGCUUCAUCGUUUCUUCCUUUCACUUUAGCUACUCGACGUUCAAGAGCAAAUUUCAGAGUCUCUUCUGACAUCCAUUUUGGUCUUUUCUUUCUUUCCUGUCUUUUUAAUGACUUCUUGCUUUUUUCAUGUAUAAUGACAUUGAUGUCAUUCCGCAACUCGUCUAGUCUUCAAUCAUUAGUAUUCAAUGCAUCAAAUCUGUUCUUGAGAUGGUCUCUAAAUUCAGGUGGGAUAUACUCAAGGUUGUACUUUGGUUCUCAUGGACUUGUUCUAAUUUUUUUCAGUUUCAACUUGAACUUGCGUAUGAGCAAUUGAUGGUCUGUUCCGCAGUUGGCCCCGGCCCUGUUCUGACUGGUGAUAUUGAGCUUUUUCGUUGUCUUUUUCUACAGAUGGAGUUGAUUUGAUUCCUGUGUGUUCCACCUGGCAAGGUCCACAUGUAAUAUUAUUAGUCUGAUAAGGUGGUUUUAAUCGUUAUUUUCCAUAUGUUUUGUAAAGAGUUGAAAUAGCGAAAAAUAUUUCAAAUGGUAAUAAUAAUGGUCAGGUAGUUUGGUGCUCUGUAGCUCUAUCUACUGACAAACCCUACUUCAAGUCCACUUUGGAGCACUGAUCACUGAGUACACAGUGGUGAUGUCUUGCCCUUUGUAAUCCCUCAUAAAAAUUUAUCAAAAUAAUGUCAGAAAAAUGAGCUAGAGAUUCAUAAUAGAGUGUGAUUUUUUUUCCAGAAACCCUCCUGCUGUACACCAUAAAGACGCCUAUCAUUAAGUAAUAACUAACACUGUUCAUCUUUAUGAAAUGAUGAUGGAGAUCCCAUGAUGGAAUUUUGCAAGACCAAUGACUUCCUUAUUGCAAAUACCUUUUUUCAACAAUAUGAACAGCGGCUAUACACAUGGACCUCACCAGAUGAAAUACACAGGAAUCAAAUCAACUACAUCUGUAGAAAGAGAUGGUGAAAAAACUCAAUAUCAUCAGUCAGAACAAGGCCAGGGGCCAACUUCAGAGCAGACCGUCAAUUGCUCAUAUGCAAUUCAAGUUGAACCUGGAGAAAAUUAGAACAAGUCCACGAGAGCCAAAGUACGAACUUGAGUAUAUCCCACCUGAAUUUAGAGACCAUCUCAAGAAUAGAUUUGACACGUGGAACACUAAUGCCCAAAGACCAGAUGAGUUGUGGAAUGACAUCAAGGACAUCAUACGUGAAGAAAGCAAGAGGUCAUUAAAAAGACAGGAAAGAAAGACCAAAAUGGAUGUCAGAAGAGCCUCUGAAACUUACUCUUGAAUGUCAAGUAGCUAAAGCAAACUGAAGAAAUGAAGUAAAAGAGCUGAACAGAAGAUUUCAAAGGGUGGCUUGAGAAGACAAAGUAUUAUAAUGACAUGUGCAAAGACCCGGAGUUAGAAAACCCAAAGGGAAGAACACGCCUGGCAUUUGUCAAGCUAAAAGAAGUGAAGAAAAAAUUCAAGUCUCUAGUUGCAGUAUUGAAGGAUUCUACAGGAAAAUAAUAAAUGACACAGGAAGCAUCAAAAGAAGAUAGAAGGAAUACACAGAGCCACUAUACCAAAAAGAAAUGGUUGAUGUUCAGCCAUUUCAGGAGGUAGCAUAUGAUCAGGAACUGAUGGUACUGAAAGAAGAGCUCAAAGCAACACUAAAGGCAUUAGCAAAAACAAGCCUCCAGGAAUUAAUUGAAUAUCAAUUGAGAUGUUUCACCAAACAGAUGCAGUGCUUGAAGUGCUCACUCGUCUAUGCCAAGAAAUUUGGAAGGCAGCUACCUGGCCAGGCAACUGGAAGAGAUCCAUAUUUAUGCCUGUUCCCAAGAAAGGUGAUCCAACCAAAUGCAGAGAUUAUUGAAUAAUAGCAGUAAUAUCACACACGAGUAAAAUUUUGCUGAAGAUCAUUCAAAAGCAGCUGCAGCGGUACAUCAACAGGAAACUGCCAGAAAUUCAGGCUGGAUUCAGAAGAGGACAUGUAGCAAAAGAUAUCAUUGGUGAUGUCGGAUGGAUCCUGGCUGAAAGCAGAGAAUAUUGGAAAGAUGUUUAUCUGUGUUUUAUUGACUAUGCCAAGGCAUUUGACUGUGCGGAUCAUAACACAUGAUGAAUAACAUUGGGAAGAAUGGCAAUUUCAGAACAUUUAAUUGUGCUCAUGAGGAACCUGUACGUAGAUCAAGAGGCAUUCGUUCCAACAGGACAAGGGAAUACUUCAUGAUUUAAAGUCAGGAAAGGUGUGUGUCAGGGUUGUAUCUUUUCACCAUACCUAUUCAAUCUGUAUGCUGAGAAAAUAAUCCAAGAAGCUGGACUGUAUGAAAAACAACAGGGCAUUAAGAUUGGAGGAAGACUCGUUAACACCCUGCAAUAUGCAGAUGACACAACGUUGCUUGCUGCAAGUGAAGAGGACUUGAAGCACUUACUGAUAAAGAUCAAAGACCACAGCCUUCAGAAUGGAUUACACCUCAGCAUAAAGAAAACAAAAAUCCUCACAACUAGAACAGUAAGCAACAUCAUGGUAAAUGGAGAAGAUUAAAGUCAUCAAGGAUUUCAUUUUACUUGGAUCCACAAUCAACACCCACGGAAGCGGCAGUCAAGAAAUCAAAAGACACAUUGCAUUGGGCAAGUCUGCUGCAAAAGACCUCUUUAAUGUGUUGAAAAGCCAAGAUGUCACCUUGAAGACUAAGGUACACCUGACCCAAGCCAUGGUGUUUUCAAUCGCCUCCUAUACAUGCGAAAGCUGAACAAUGAAUAGAGAAGACCGUAGAAUUGAUACCUUUGAAUUGUGGUGUUGGAGAAGAAUAUUGAAUAUACCAUGGACUGCCAAAAGAACGAACAAAUCUGUCUUGGAAGAAGUACAACCAGAAUGGUCCUAAGAAGCAAGGAUGACGAAACUACAUCUCACAUAACUUUGGAUGUUGUUAGGAGCAAUCAGUCCCUGGAGGAGGGCAUCAUGCUUGAUAAAGUAGAGAGUCAGUGAAAAAGAGGAAGACCAUCAAUGAGACGGAUUGACACAGUGGCUGCAACGAUGGGUUUAAGCAUAGCAAUGAUUGCCAGGAUGGAGCAGGACCGGGCAGUGUUUCAUUCUGUUGUACAUGGGCCACUAUAAGUCAAAACCGACUUGAUGGCGGCUAACAACAACAGCCAUCUUCAGUGCCCAAUAGCCACAUAUGGCUAGUGGCUACCAUAUUGGACAGUGUAUAUAUAGAACAUUUCCAUCAUCACAGAAAUGGCAUUGGACACUUUAAGGCACUCAGUUUACUGGUUUGCCUGUAAUAAGCCAAGUACAUACAGUUCAGGAUUUCUCCCUAGAGAGUUUUUGAACUGGUGAUUUCAUGAAGAUAGCAAAAAGAUUAGUUGAGAAUGACAGAUCACACUGUAAAUGAGAAUUAUGUAUAGUUUCCCAAACAAUACUUUAAUAGUAAGAGCUGCCAUUGUAUUUAAAGUACUUGCUAUUGGAAACCCUGGUGCAUAGUGGUUAAGAGCAAUGGCUGCUAACCAAAAGGUCCACAGUUCAAAUCCACCAGGCACUCCUUGAAAACCCUAUGGAGGCAGUUCUACUCUGUCCUAUAAGAUCUCUACGAGUCAGAACCGACUGGAUGGCAAUGAGUUUAUACACUGGGCAUUUUGCUAAGUAUGUUUAUAUGCAGUAUUUCAUUUAAUAUUUCUGUCAGCUCUGUAAAAAAACCAAAACCAAACCCAGUGCCGUCGAGUCGAUUUCGACUCAUAGCAACCCUAUAGGACAGAGUAGAACUGCCCAUUAGAGUUUCCAAGGAGCGCCUGGUGGAUUUGAACUGCCGACGCUUUGCUUAGCGGCCGUAGCACUUAACCACUACACCACCAGGGUUUCCGUCCUGUAAGAUAGGAACUAUUAUGUCAGUUUUUCAAAUAAGAAAACUAAGGUUCAACAACUUGCCAAAAGUCUCACAUUUGCUAUCAGUUUCUAAUUUUUCCUGAUGAAGAACCGAGUGAUACCCUUAACCAAUGUGCCCAAGGGAGUUUUUGCUUCUGUUGCUGACUAGUCUAGAUUCUUCUCUCAGUAUAUGUGACCCUCUCCUGUGUGUCUCAUAAUACUCCUGGCCCUCCUCACUCUCUCUCUCUCUCUCUCCUUUACAUCUUCUUCCCCCUCCCCCUUGUUUUAAUGGUGUUAUAAUUAUUCCCCAAAAGUUCUUAGUUUGUGCACACAGCACAGUCUUUAGGUUACUUUCUACUUUUUAGGUUUUGUUUUUCCUCCAGUUUGCUCUGUCAAGUGUUGUGUUAAUAGUUAAACUAGUACUCAUGUUUCUCUUUAACAUAAGUACUCUGCUUUCUCCUUGACUAUGCAUUCUCCCUGUGUAAUCAAAUGCAUGAGUCUUUUGCAACUUCUUUGGGUGGGAAGAGUCAAUCCCUCCAUGAAAUUGAGCUAAAAAUGCAUAAUCUGUCACUGGCAUAUCCCAUUUAUAAAUACCCCACAGGCAGAAACAACUAGAGGCUUUAUUGUAAAUCACUUUAAAUUCUCAUCUGUUAACUCUGAACAAUGAUAUUAUAUUGGCUAGGCAGGGAUUAUCUUCCUACUCCAGGAAGAAAAUGGGUGUAGAGCAUUAGUGACUUGUCCUCCAAUAUGUAAUUCAAGGUUACGAAAAAUGCUUAUGUCGGGCCUACUUUGUGAAAGGCACUGGGAAAAUACAAUAUUCCUACAAUUUAGAGGAGGACACAUGGAGAUUUUAGCUAGCAAAUGCUGGGUGAGCCUGGGAAGGAGUGAUUAACCAGGAUGAUCAGGGAAAAAAUACGAUAGAAAUAAAAUAGAAGGGCUUUCAAUCAAAAGCUAGGAUGCAGAGAUAUGAAAGCAUGUAGGGAAAAGUGAAUCCAUACAGUAUGUGGGCAAAAUGAGAAUGGAAAUAUUAAGUUGAGCCAUAUGAAAUUGUCAAUGAAUUGUAUUGGAUUAUCUUUUUUAACUAGAAAAGUAGCAGUUCCACAUGGAGCGGCCUGAAAUACUCAGUCAACAAGCAUUUAUGAAGUGCCUGUUUUCCAGGCACCUUCUAGGUGCUGAGAGUUAGAAAAGAGACACAGUGUCUACCAUGAGGCUUUUUUCCAUGAGGAGAUGGACAUGGAGAGCCAGUGAGUGCUGGAGUAGAAAGUAGAACCACAGUCUUCUGACCAGGUAUCCCAAAGUCUCCUAGGUGUUCUGUUAGAAAAUGGCCACAUUAUAAGCCUCAAAUUAUGAGAAAAAAAACAUGCUUUAGCUCUGGGUAUUUCCUUACAAAUUUUACUUGGGCACACUACACAAACUCAGAAUCAUUUUCCAAACAUUCAGUGACACUGUUCCCACUCUGACGCAUUCUCGGUGUGGGCAGAGCACCAGGCGUUGUUGCCUUGUACCUGUCCUGGGUCCGUCAGCUGUGACAUUCACUCUUAAUUAUUUGAACUUAAGACAUCACACUCAUUUAGUGGCCCUCAAAUAAACAGAAUAUUUAAUAUUUGCUAUAGAACUGUUGACUAUGGAAGACAAGCUCAUUUUUUUAAUCCCUUCUCUACCCUCACACACGUGCACACAUGGCAAACAAGGCCCACAGUCAUUAAAAAAAAAAAAAUGUUUCCGAAAAGCAGAUAAUGUCACUUUUUAUGUGACUUUAUCUGAAAUAAACUGGUCUCAUUUCACAUAGUUACUGCCUUACUCAUUGGAGCCCUGGUGGUGCGGUGGGUAAGAGCUACGGCUGCUAACCAAAAAAGAAGGUCAGCAGUUUGAAUCCACCAGCCACUCCUUAGAAACCCUAUGGGGGCAGUUCUACUCUGCCCUGUAUAGUCGCUAGGACUUGGAAUUGACUCAACAGCAAAGGUUUCAGGUCUUACUCCUCCUAUCCACCUUGAUGUCUUUUAAGAAUAAGAUUUUAAAAGACUGACUCUUCCUGGGAACCAAGCCAUGCCCCACUUCAAGUAUCUGAGUGUGGUGAUAAAGAAGUGCUGCUGGGCCUGGAAUUUACUACCACAUCAACCUGCACUAGUCUGUCCCACAGGGAAGCCCAUUGAAAGCAAUUUUCAGUUUAAAUAAAUGGGUUAUCCAGAGAGUACCCUAAGUUUGCAGUAACCUCCCCUCCAAAAAACAGUGGGAUACCCAUGAUGAUUAAAAAAAAACCAAAACGUGGUGUGGUUUGUCCAAACAUGACCAUGAAAACCAGACCUGGAAGCCAAGUGUUCCCACCACGAACCAGACAGCUGGUUAGUAAAAAGGUAUUGUUCUUUAGCAGUAUUCCAGGAGAAAGUUUUUGCAAUAGAAAGGAAGGUGAGUACUGACAGGAAUGCAAGGCCACAAGUUGUUUUAUGAUGGUUUCCUCUCCUGGGCUCCUUAUGGAAAAAUUAACUAACAGUGGAAUUUCUAAAAUUGCUAAUUCCCAGUGAAUUUUGUUUUUCAGUGUUUUUGUGCCUGUCUUUUCUACUUGGUAUUUGCUAGUCAUCUUUAAAGCUCCCCCAGACUCAGUACAAAGAUAAGGGAUUCCCUGAUGAUUAGUGUGCAUACACAUUUAUUCAGAACAUUUAUGUGCUUUUGCCUCUGGGGCACUGGGGACUCAGCUCUCCUCUCCUCUCCCUACGUAUCUAAGUUGAUGCCCAAUUCAGCCACUGCGGCUAGUUCUCUUGUCUAUUGAUUUUUCUACUUAGUUGCUAAAGGAACAAACAAAACACAUCUCUUCCUAAGACCUCUUUGAGUUUGGCACUCUUCUAGUUCAGUGUUUCAUAACUCCCACGCACACUGUUUAUUACCAUAUAAAAUGCUCCUGUCAAGAUCUUCCCCGACUCCUGUGUAAGUUUUAUUACUCUCUUCCACAGUCUCCCUUGGUGUCUAACACUACCUAAACUACCUCCAUUUGUUCACUGAUAUUGUGUCCAAGCUUCCAUGUACUCCUCUUUAUUUCCUCCCCACUAUUCUAAAAUAGAGUUAACCAAAAGAUUGGAGGUUUAUAUCCACCCAGAGGCACCUCAGAAGAAAGCCCUGGUGAUCUAUUUCCCAAAAAAUCAGCCACCAAGAACCAUGUGGGGCACAGUUCUACUCUGACACGGGCUCACCAUAAAUCAGAAUGGACUUGACAGCAACUGGUUAUUAUGCAGUAACUCCCCCUGUGUCGCGUGCCUCGGUCCCAUCCACACACAGCACCGUUGUCCUUUCUGCCUCUGCCACUAUCACGACUUCCAUGCCAUUUCUCACACCUUCUACAACUUUUUAUUCAUCAGCCGACAAGUUCCUCUAUAUUUCUUUAUUGUAGAAAGCACAUUCAGAUGCCCCUUUGCCAUACUGGCAUGUUGACAUGUCCAGGUGAAAGGAAGGGUUUUUGACUUUUGACCCGUCUUAAUACCAAAUUAACAACCUCUGUAUUGACCAUAAUUGCUUCC